UUCCCGGAAGUGGGCGAGGGGACUUGUCAGCUCCCACCUCGGCUGUGUGCCCUCGAGGCCCCGUGGGGAUCGAGGGUCUCCUCGGGCACCGGCGCGAGGCGGAGUCACGGAGAAGCUUUCUGCCACUCACACAGCGGCCUCGGCCCUGCCUCGGCUGCCGCCGCCCCUCCCUUUGCCCUUCACGGCGCCCGGCCUUCCUCGUCGGCGGCUUCUUUCUGCGCCUGGGCAGCCUGCCUUUUCCCUUUAACUUUCCUUUGCGUCUCCUCCCCCGACUGUUUUAACACCAGAGUCGCAGGUCCUGCAGUGUCCCAGAAGCCGCACGUAUAACUUGCUCGGUGGGUACCUCGUUCGAUUUCGGAGUUCUUUUCAUUCUUCUGAAAGAUUUCAAAUCCUCUAGAAGCCAAAAUGGGACACAGUAAACAGAUUAGGAUUUUACUUCUGAACGAAAUGGAAAAGCUGGAAAGGACCCUCUUCAGACUUGAACAAGGGUUUGAACUACAGUUCCGAUUAGGCCCAACUUUACAGGGAAAAGAAGUUACUGUGUAUACAAAUUACCCAUUUCCUGGAGAAGCAUUUAAUCGAGAAAAAUUCCGUUCCCUGGAAUGGGAAAAUCCAACAGAAAGAGAAGAUGAUUCUGAUAAAUACUGUAAACUUAAUCUUCAACAAGCUGGAUCAUUUCAGUAUUACUUCCUUCAAGGAAAUGAGAAAAGUGGUGGAGGUUACAUAGUUGUGGACCCUAUUUUACGUGUUGGUGCUGAUAAUCAUGUGUUACCCUUGGACUGUGUUACUCUCCAGACAUUUUUAGCCAAGUGUAUGGGACCCUUUGAUGAAUGGGAAAGCAGACUUAGGGUUGCAAAAGAAUCAGGCUACAACAUGAUUCAUUUUACCCCACUGCAGACUCUUGGACUAUCUAGGUCAUCCUAUUCCCUUGCUGAUCAGUUAGAAUUAAAUCCUGAUUUUUCAAGACCUAAUAAAAAGUACACCUGGACUGAUGUUGGACAGCUAGUGGAAAAAUUGAAAAAGGAAUGGAAUAUUCUUUGUAUUACUGAUGUUGUCUACAAUCAUACUGCUGCUAAAAGUAGUUGGCUCCAGGAACAUCCAGAAAGUGCAUAUAACCUUGUGAAUUCCCCACACUUAAAACCUGCCUGGGUCUUAGACAGAGCACUUUGGCAUUUAUCCUGUGACGUUGCAGAAGGGAAAUACAAAGAAAGAGGAGUAGCUGCUUUGAUUGAAAAUGAUCAUCAAAUGAAUUGCAUUCGAAAAAUAAUUUGGGAGGAUAUUUUCCCAAAGAUCCAUCUCUGGGAAUUUUUCCAAGUAGAUGUUGACAAAGCAGUUGAGCAAUUUAGAGGACUUCUUACACAAGAAAAUAGGAAAACAACAAAGCCUGAUCCAAAACAACACCUUAAGAUUAUUCAGGAUCCUGAAUACAGACGACUUGGCUGUACUGUAGAUAUGAACGUUGCACUAGCAACUUUCAUACCACAUGAUAAUGGGCCAGCCGCAAUUAACGAAUGCUGCAGUUGGUUCCAGAAGAGAAUUGAGGAAUUAAAUUCAGAGAAGCAUCAACUCGUGAACUAUCAUCAGGAACAGGCGGUUAAUUGCAUUUUGGGAAAUGUGUUUUAUGAACGACUGGCUGGCCAUGGUCCUAAACUAGGACCUGUCACUAGAGAACAUCCUUUGGUUACCAGAUAUUUUACUUUCCCUUUUGAAGAAACGUCCCUCUCCACAGAAGAAUCUAUGAUUCAUGUCCCAAAUAAAGCUUGUUUUCUGAUGGCACAUAAUGGAUGGGUAAUGGCAGAUGAUCCCCUUCGAAACUUUGCUGAACCAGGUUCAGAUGUUUAUCUAAGGAGAGAACUUAUUUGCUGGGGAGACAGUGUUAAAUUACGCUAUGGGAAAAAACCAGAGGACUGUCCUUAUCUCUGGGCACACAUGAAAAAAUACACUGAAAUAACUGCGACUUACUUCCAGGGAAUCCGUCUUGAUAACUGUCACUCAACACCUCUUCAUGUAGCCGAGUACAUGUUGGAUGCUGCUAGGAAAUUGCAACCCAAUUUAUAUGUAGUAGCUGAACUGUUCACAGGAAGUGAAGACCUGGACAAUAUCUUUGUUACUAGACUGGGCAUUAGUUCCUUAAUAAGAGAGGCAAUGAGUGCAUGUGACAGUCAUGAAGAGGGCAGAUUAGUUUACCGAUAUGGAGGAGAACCUGUUGGAUCCUUCGUUCAACCCUGUUUGAGGCCUUUAAUGCCAGCUAUUGCACAUGCCCUGUUUAUGGAUAUUACCCAUGAUAAUGAGUGUCCUAUUGUGCAUAGGUCAGCAUAUGAUGCUCUCCCAAGUUCCACGAUUGUUUCUAUGGCAUGUUGUGCUAGUGGAAGUACUAAGGGCUAUGACGAAUUAGUGCCUCAUCAGAUUUCAGUAGUUUCUGAAGAACGGUUUUACGCUAAGUGGAAUCCUGAAGCAUCACCAUCCAGUAUCGGUGAAGUUAAUUUCCAAAGUGGCAUCAUUGCGGCCAGGUGUGCCAUCAAUAAACUUCACCAAGAGCUUGGAGCCAAGGGUUUUAUUCAGGUGUAUGUGGAUCAAGUUGAUGAAGACAUAGUGGCAGUAACAAGACACUCACCUAGUAUCCAUCAAUCCGUUGUAUCUGUGUCUAGAACUGCUUUCAGGAAUCCCAAGACUUCAUUUUACAGCAAGGAAGUGCCUCAAAUGUGCAUCCCUGGCAAAAUUGAAGAAGUAGUUCUUGAAGCUAGAACUGUUGAGAGAAAUACGGAACCUUAUAGGAAGGAUGCUAAUUCAAUCAAUGGACUGCCAAAUGUCACAGUAGAAAUUAGAGAACAUAUUCAGCUUAAUGAAAGUAAAAUUGUUAAACAAGCUGGAAUUACCACAAAAGGACCCAAUGAAUUUAUUCAAGAAAUAGAAUUUGAAAAUUUGUCUCCUGGAAGUGUUAUUAUAUUCAGAGUUAGUCUUGAUCCACAUGCACAAGCUGCUGUUGGAAUUCUUCGAAAUCAUCUGACACAGUUCAGUCCUCAUUUUAAAUCUGGGAGUCUUGCUGUUGACAACACAGAUCCUAUAUUAAAAAUUCCUUUUGCUUCUAUUGCCUCUAAAUUAACUUUGGCUGAGCUAAAUCAGGUACUUUACCGAUGUGAAUCAGAAGAACAAGAAGAUGGUGGGGGGUGUUAUAACAUACCAAACUGGUCAUCUCUUAAAUAUGCAGGUCUUCAAGGAUUAAUGUCCAUAUUGGCAGAAAUAAGACCAAAGAAUGACUUGGGGCAUCCCUUUUGUGAUAAUUUGAGAUCUGGAGACUGGAUGAUUGACUAUGUCAGUAACCGGCUUAUUUCACGGUCAGGAACCAUUGCUGAAGUUGGUAAAUGGUUACAGGCUAUGUUCUUCUACCUGAAGCAGAUCCCACGUUACCUUAUCCCAUGUUACUUUGAUGCUAUAUUAAUUGGUGCAUAUACCACUCUCCUGGAUAUAGCAUGGAAGCAGAUGUCAAGCUUUGUUCAGAACGGUUCUACCCUUGUGAAACACCUUUCCCUGGGUUCAGUCCAAAUGUGUGGAGUAGGACAAUUCCCUUCUCUGCCACUUCUUUCACCUUCCCUUAUGGAUGUACCGUGCAGGCUGAAUGAAAUCACAAGAGAGAAGGAGCAGUGUUGUGUGUCUCUAGCCGCAGGCUUACCUCACUUUUCUUCUGGUAUUUUCCGCUGCUGGGGAAGGGAUACUUUUAUUGCCCUUAAAGGUCUGCUGCUGAUUACUGGACGCUACUUGGAGGCCAGGAAUAUUAUUUUAGCAUUUGCUGGUACCCUGAGACAUGGUCUCAUUCCUAAUCUCCUGGGUGAAGGAACUUAUGCCAGAUACAACUGCCGGGAUGCUGUGUGGUGGUGGCUGCAGUGUAUUCAGGAUUAUUGUAAAAUGGUCCCAAAUGGUCUAGACAUUCUCAGGUGCCCAGUUUCCAGAAUGUAUCCUACAGAUGAUUCUGCUCCUUUGUCUGCUGGCACACUGGAUCAACCAUUGUUUGAAGUAAUACAGGAAGCUAUGCAAAGACACAUGCAGGGCAUACAGUUCCGAGAAAGGAAUGCUGGUCCACAGAUAGAUCGGAACAUGAAGGAUGAAGGUUUUAAUAUAACUGCAGGGGUUGAUGAAGAAACAGGAUUUGUUUAUGGAGGAAAUCGCUUAAAUUGUGGUACGUGGAUGGAUAAAAUGGGAGAAAGUGACAGAGCUAGAAACAAAGGAAUCCCAGCCACUCCAAGAGAUGGGUCUGCUGUGGAAAUUGUGGGCCUGAGUAAAUCUGCUGUUCGUUGGUUGCUGGAAUUAUCCCAAAAAAAUAUUUUUCCUUAUCAUGAAGUUACAGUAAAAAGACAUGGAAAAGUUGUGAAAGUCUCAUAUGAUGAGUGGAACAGAAAAAUACAAGAUAACUUUGAAAAGUUAUUUUAUGUGUCAGAAGACCCUUCCGAUGUCAAUGAAAAGCAUUCUAAUCUGGUGCAUAAACGUGGCAUAUACAAAGAUAGUUAUGGAGCUUCAAGCCCUUGGUGUGACUACCAGCUCAGGCCUAAUUUUACCAUAGCAAUGGUUGUGGCCCCUGAGCUCUUUACUACAGAAAAAGCAUGGAAAGCUUUGGAGAUUGCAGAAAAAAAAUUGCUUGGUCCUCUUGGCAUGAAAACUUUGGAUCCAGAUGAUAUGGUUUACUGUGGAACUUAUGACAAUGCCUUAGACAAUGACAACUACAAUCUUGCUAAAGGUUUCAAUUAUCACCAAGGACCUGAGUGGCUGUGGCCUGUUGGGUAUUUUCUUCGUGCGAAAUUAUAUUUUUCCAAAUUGAUGGGUCCCGAGAUUACUUCAAAGACUAUAUUUUUGGUUAAAAAUGUUCUUUCUCGACAUUAUGUUCAUCUUGAGAGAUCCCCUUGGAAAGGACUUCCAGAACUGACCAACGAGAAUGGCCAAUACUGUCCUUUCAGCUGUGAAACACAAGCCUGGUCAAUUGCUGCUAUUCUUGAAACACUCUAUGACUUAUAGUUGACUCAUGCAUAUGAUUGCAUUAAGUAUGCAAUCAAUUGUAUUGUUGAAUGCAAGGUCAUAAUGUAAUGUAAAUGCUUUAUAUGCACAUGCUGAAGUCAUUCUUAAAAAUCUCAUUCAUAUAAUACUGAUGCCUGAUUAGGUAAGACUGUAAAGCAUUGGUUUUUCUUUUUCUUUUUCUUUUCUUUUUUUUUUUUAAACAGGAUGUUUGUCUUUUGAAUUCAGGAAGUAUUCUUCAAAUGCCUAGAAAUCAAUAAUUUGAAAUCCAGAGUUUGAAAAAGAAAAAAUCGUGUAAUCUUCUAUUUGUACAUAAGUGAAAAUGAAAUAUGAGAAUGUAAUAAUGAAAGAAAUGGAAAAGUAUCUUUAAAUGGUGGUAUAUAUUUUCUUCAGUAACAAUAUAUACCAAAUAGGCUGUGGUUAAUUAAUACUUUUACUAUAGUAUUUCUAGCACCUUCCACACUGCAUUCAAUAGAUAUUAAAUGAAUGCUGAAUCAUAGAAGUGUCCACCUGCAAUAUAUGUUCAUAACUGGAGCACAGAUGUUUAUAGUGUGCUUUUAUUUUUUUCACUGAUAUAUUAACAUGUUUUUAAUAUAAUGAAUUUCAACAGUAUAUUUAACAUAAUUUACUUGUGCUAAUGAUGCAUAGGAUAUAUGAAAAAACCACAAAGCAUUAGGAAUUUAUUUUCUAAAAACAGUUUUAUAAAAUUAGUCUUGAGUGCCAGUGUCCUACUAUGAGAUGGUUUACCUUUUCGUAAUGCAGAUUGUUGGCCAUGUUUAUGAGAACUUUAAAGAAAAAAAAUACUAUAUUAGUUUUCUAAAACCUAAUAACUAUUUUUAGUUUGGGUGUAAAAGUAUAUUAUAUUGGUUUCCUAUUAACCAAAAUGUGUUGACAAGUUUAGCAUUGAGAACAAUCUUAACAUAAUAUAAAUAGAGAUAUGAAUUCAGUAGUUAUCUUGAAUUCAAUAUAAUCAUUUGAAAAGUUUUUCAUGUUAUUUUAAGAUACCUUAAAUCUGGAAAAGUCAUAAAGGAAAAAGACUUUUAACAUUUAUAUGAUUUGACAUUUUUUAAUAGUACUUAUUUUCUAGAUGAUUUUUUUUUUUUUUUACUGUCUGUUUUUGUCUCCAGAAGGCUCUUAAAUUAGAUCAUUAUACUUUCAGUUGAAAGAAAAUAGUUGCAAAACUCCAUUUCAUUAUUCAAUUGUGUAUUUAUAGUUAAAAUAAUGGUGCAAUAACACUUUUCUCAGCCAGAAGUCACAUAUCCAACCACCUUAACUCUGAAGAAGGAGUAAAAAUAAAGAAGAAAAACAAGUAAGCUAAAACUUCUGGGUAGUAAAAAUGUAAAAAUGCUUCAGAUACCAAAUACCCAUUCUCGACCCUCCUUUAGCUUUAACUAGCUUUGUUCCUGGUUUCCCAACCUAAAGCAGAUUAAAUCCUACAGAAUUAACGACCGUUGUGAUAGUAAUCUGACCACUGUCUAUAAACACAUUGAUUUCCAAGUUUCCCUUCCUUCUUUAUUGCUCAAUGUAUAACCUUCUCUAACCUGUGCAGUUAAAAAGAAUGACCUUUCUUGAGAGGCAGAACCAUUAGUCAUCAAAGAUUCACAUAGUUCUACUGUUCUAAUUUAACUCCUGUAUUAAAAGUGGUAAGAAAAGUAACCGAAAACCAACAUUAAAUAUGUUAAAUAUAAAAGCAAGAAGCAAUGGCUGGCUGAUGAUUAAAUGUGAUUAAAUAAGUAAGUAAAUGAAUAUAUUAAUUCUAAUAAAUAAAUAAUAACAAGUUGACAAUUUUAAAUACAUAACCAUAUUGGGUUAUCUAUGGUAGGGCAAAUAUCCACCUCAAUAAAUUUUUAGGAUAUGGUGUUGCAGUAGAAAAUUAAGUGAUUCAUAUUCCUUACUAGGAAUAUUAAUGAAAGAACAUUGUUAUAAUCUGCAUGGCCUAUUUUAAAGUUUAAGAGGCAUGUUACACAUUACUUCAUCAAAGGUUGUUAAAAUAAUAGUUUUAGACUUUAGAGGGAUAAAUGUUGACUAAAAAACAUUGAAAUAGAAUACUUCAUUCCUGAGUGAUGUUGGACGAGGUGCCAUUAUAUUACAUAUUGAGAAUGGUUCUGUGCCUUGGUUCUUAAUUGAUUCAAAUCAUUCUUACUUUUUAACUUGAGAGGUUUGCCAGUUUAACCAGUAUGCUGUGAUAAUUUAAUACAUUUCAAAGAUAAUUGAGAAAACAUGAGACCUGUCCAUCCUAUCUAUGAGCAUUGUAACCUAUGUGAAUUGCAAUGCAUUUCUGAUAUGUCUUCAACUGCUCUCUCUAGUAGGCAAAUGUCAUUUUUAUGUCUGUGUGCCAAGAAAAUAAAAAUCUUUUCUAAAGGA